ACAUAAAGGGACAGUCCAGCAGAGCGACGACAUAAACCUCCGAAGAUCCCUAUUUGUUAUUCAGAUCAGACUGCGGAAGGUAGAUUUUCUAUUUUGCAAAAUAUUGCACUAUUCAUCCUAUUUGAUUUUUAAACUCUAGCCAGCUGAUUCUCUGACGUUCUAUUAGUGGCUGAGUGGAAGCAAGACGGUCAGAAAACUCACCAACGCAACUCACUUCUGACUCAACGCCGUUCUCCUGCAUCCAACCUUCUGCUCAUCCAUCCCUACCACAAUGUCCACUCAAACCACCCAGUCCUACAAGUCCCUGAUGAGAGGCUUGAGGGAGCUGGACCUCCGUGGCCCCUGUGUUCCCAGUGAGCUGGUGCUGACUGGAGACCACGCUUUUCCUUUAGCGAUGAACAGCAAAGGCCAGGUCCUGAUGGCGGCGUCACUGUACGGCCGCGGGAGGGUGGUGGUCCUGGGUCACGAGGGCUACCUGACGGCCUUUCCCGCUCUGGUGGAGAGCGCCGUGACCUGGCUGAGAGGGGAUGGGUCCGACAACGUGUCCGUGGGGAUCCACAGGCAGGUCAGCGGAGUCGCUGAUAACCUCAGUAAAUCCAGCUUCAAAGUCGCAGUUGUCGGGGCCUUCAGUGAGAACCGGCGUGUCGGCGUGUACGUGACGGACGCCUACAGCGUCGAAGCAGAGGCGAAGGCGCUGGUGGCUUUUCUGAAAGCCGGAGGAGGAGUGCUGAUAGCGGGGCAAGCGUGGCACUGGGCUCAUACGCAUCCUGAGGAGAACGCAAUUGUACAGUUUCCAGGAAAUAAAGUGUCAGCUGUGGCAGGGAUCUACUUCACUAAGAGCUAUGGGGAGGUAGAGAUCCUGCCUGUUUCCCCAGAGCCCCCAUCCUCGUGGAGGGCUUUACGUGUUGUAAAGGAUCCUGCAGAUGACCUGGAGUUCUUACUCAAGGGCGUUUCAGACUUUAAACUCUUGGGUGACAUUUUAUUUUCCGAGGCGUUGGUCCACGGCCCGUUUUCAUUCCCCAUCUGUACCGGUGAUGAUGGAAGGGUGGUUCUGGCAGGAAGCUACUAUGGGCAGGGACGAGUCAUUCUCAUCACACAUGAAUACCCUCUGAAAUUAAAGGGACUGGCUUCAUUUUGGAAAAACGCCAUUGGUUGGCUGGACCAAGGCCGGCAGGGGGUGGUCGGUGUUGCGCCUAAGCUCCAUCUUCCAUGGGAGUCAGGGUUAAAGCACGAGAGGACGGAGUUCAGGGAAGACCUGAGUGUGUUUGUGUGUACAGCGUACAGCGAUGAUCAUAAGGAGGAAAUCCAAGACUUCGUGGCACAGGGAGGAGGUCUGCUGAUUGGUGGACACUCGUGGUACUGGGCACAAGGACAUAGUCAGCAAAACCCAAUGACAGAUUUCCACGGGAACAAGAUUCUGAACAAAAUGGGCCUGAGCGUGUCCCCAGAGACCAUCAAACAAAAGUCCUACAAGGUCCCUCCGCCUUCCAAGACCAAGCGUGACACAGACCACUUCCUCUCUCUUCUACGUCUCUUUGCUGGUCAUGUUACCCAGGGUGAAACACUCAGCCAGCAAGAGGAGGAAAAGCUUGUGAAAUUGCGCAAUGAUUGCGUAAAAUACUUGAAAAUGGAGGCCCACAGCAGCUACAACUACACCCAGGUGCUGUCCCUCCUGACCGACAUAUUGAAGUUCAUGCCACAGGUGAGUUCGAAGAACCCUGUGGAGAAACCCAAAGACCUUUUCCUUCUGACUAUAGCGGCGGAGGUAUACAAUGCGUCCCCAGAUCCCGAUGCCCUUCUGGCCAUCUUCACUGAGCCUCCGAUGGCAACAGUGCAAAACCAAAGGCUCAACAUUAAUGCUGACACUGCAGAGUGGACGUGGAUCAGCACCGGCCUGUACCUCUCUCCUGGUAUGAGGACCGAGAUGAUCGUACCAGCAAACAUUGUCAACAAGAACUGGGUGAUCCAGAUCGGUUGUCAAACUGACUACCUGAGGCACAAAAAGUUGCACAGAGCCCCGAGUGUUUUUAAGCACAUUCCUGUAACCUCAGAGAAGAUGCAGGUGUCGAACCUGUGGGGGGGACUCAUCUACCUGGUGGCUCCACCCAACGCGACGGUGAAGGGGGCGGAGGUCAUAGUGCAGAUGGCUGUAGCUGCUCCUUAUUACAAGUCAGGCGUGACAACAGCAGCUGAUUGGUCACUGCUGCGCAAAGCUCCCUCACCCUGGGCAGAGUUGGAGUUUGACAACGUCAUCCUCACUGUACCAUCAGACGUUGUCCGAGACCUGGAGGGCAUUGACGACCUGGCAGCUCGUUGGAAUGGCAUCAUGAGGGCCGUUGCAGAUCUGGCUGUCAAACCGAGCACAUUUACCCGCAAAGAACGCAUCGUAGCAGACGUGCAGAUUUCUGCUGGUUGGAUGCACUCGGGGUACCCUAUCAUGGGGCCAACGGCUGUCGCAGCUGAUCUGGUUGGAACAAAAAAUAUGUGGGGGCCCAUCCAUGAACUGGGACACAACCAACAGAGAAGCGGCUGGGAGUUCCGACCAUACACCACAGAGUGCACAUGCAACCUGUGGUCUGUGUACGUGCAUGAAGAGGUGCUGGGGAUCAGCAGGGAACAGGCUCAUUCGAAUAUGGCCUUAACAUAUCGCAAGACUUUAGUUGACAAGUUUGUUGCAGGAGGGCAGAAGCUCAGCGACUGGAACACGUGGGUGGCCCUUCAGACAUACCUGCAGCUCCAGGAAAAGUUUGGCUGGGAUGCCUUCAAGAAGGUGUUUGCUGCCUACCACCAGAUGACCGCCUUCCCUCAGGACAACGAUGGAAAGAUGAACCUGUACGCCCAGACCUUCUCCCAGGCUGUGGGGAUGAACCUGUCUGCGUUCUUCAAGGCCUGGGGCUGGCCCAUACAAGCAGCCACUGAGGAGAAACUCUCCAUGCUGCCUCCAUGGAGUGACCACCCCAUGGUCCAGUAUGGCUGAGCUUCAAGCUGCAGCUUUUUGAAAUUGAAAAACAAGCUGGGUGGCGGUUCAUAAUUAGGAAUGCAUUUAUAUAACUGGGCAUAUUUUUCGUAUUGUCAAAGGUAUUCGUGUGAAUAAAUAUUAGCACUCUUAGUAAAAGUAAAAGGCACAUUCUAAUUAAAAAGCAUAUCUCCUUAUUCAGAGUCAUAUUACUUCUAUUGGAAGUAUUUAGAUUAGGGCCGGGACUUUAGCGCGUUAAUUGCGAUUAAUUAAUUACAAUAUGAAUUAAGAUUAAUUAAUUACACAUAAAAAUAACGCAUUACACAUUUUUUACGCAUUUUUACACUUUUUUUUGCACCGCGGAACAUUUCUCACUGGAUGAGUUUCGGGGGGACCGAUUAUACUGGAGCACCAACUAGCGUUCAUGACUUCAGACAACAACAAACCACAGUGAACAUGAACGAAGAAGCUGACGAGACCGUGUCGGGUGGCCCCGUGAAUGGGAAAUCUUAUUAUAAUAAACACACGGAUGGAAGCGUCGAUAAGAGCAUGGUUGUGUGCAAGCUGUGCAACAAGGAAUUCGUAUCGAGCCUCAAGUAUCACCUCAACGCAAAACAAUUAGCAGCUAGCGUGGACGUUAGCCCGACAAGGACCCACACCCAACCCACACUGCACCAGAUGACUGGUUUAAGGACCAGGGUAACUAAGACCACGUCUGAAAAAAUAACCAAUGUUCCGAAUGUACUUGAAAGUAAAGGUCUACUUA